GAGCUUCAGACCCCUUCCCUUAAAAGAAGCACUUUUAUACUAUGUUGCUGAGGUAGUAAGGCCUGAGAUGGUGGUGGCCCCAGUAUGUGAUCUGUGAGAUUGGUUUAGUUUUGCUUUUUGCUUUUUAAUUUUUUUUUUGGAUUUGAAAGAAUAAUUCCUGAGCCAGAGAGCUAACCUCACCACCACCAGCUCCACAGCAACUGAAGAGACAGACGAGAAUAAGGGGUGUGGAUCCUUAACUUGUUCAACUCCUCUUUCUCAUACUCAUCCACUCUCGUUCUUUCUUACGCUACUUUUGGCCUUUACUACAUCUCAUCUCUUCUUUCCUUUUAACCUUUCCAUCUCAACUUUACCUUUAUUUUCAUAUAUAUUAGCUCAGGGUCUUCCAGUUUUGGAAGUUUGGGAUUUUAGGCUCUUUCUUUAAGUUGUAUUAGAGAGUAUUUUCUGGUUCUCGUGUGGUUCUUCUACCGACUAAUAAAGCUACUAACUUUAUAAUACUUUUUUUGGAUUUGUCUUGGUUGUUUUCGUCUGUAGGAACAUUAUCUCUAUUUCUUAAUCAUGGGUUGGUUUCCAUUUCUGUUUUGAUGUGUGUUUUUGCUGGUAAACCAUCUAAGGGCUUCUCUUUUUCUUGCUUCUCCACUUCUUCUCACUCUUGCUGACUUACCCAGUUGGGGAAAAAGAUAGUAGGUUUAUUUUUAGCUUCUUUGAAAUCAGUUCUAAUUUGUGAUUUUGAGGAUGGGGUGGGGUUCUUCUUUGGGUGUUGGAUUAGUCUGUUUGGUUUCAGUUUCCAUGGUGUGGAGUAGUGUAAAUGGUAUAGGUGCAAACUGGGGGACACAAGCCAGUCACCGUCUGCCUCCAGAUACUGUAGUGAGGCUUCUCAGGCAGAAUGGGUUUCAAAGGGUUAAGCUUUUUGAUGCUGAGUACGACACUCUUAGGGCUCUGGGUAGAUCUGGUAUUGAGGUCAUGGUGGGUAUUCCAAACGACAUGCUUUUGACACUCGCCACCAGUGUCAAGGCUGCUGAGAAAUGGGUUGCCAAGAACGUUUCAACUCAUAUUUCCAACAACAAUGUGAACAUCAGGUAUGUUGCUGUUGGAAAUGAACCUUUCUUGGAGACCUACAAUGGAACUUUCAUUAAAUCAACAUACCCUGCUCUGCAGAAUAUCCAAUCUGCUCUCAUAAAAGCUGGCCUCAGCAACCAAGUAAAGGCAACUGUCCCCCUCAAUGCCGAUGUCUAUGCGAGUUCAGAUGGGCUUCCAUCUGGAGGUGAUUUCCGAGCUGAAAUCCGCGAUCUAAUGAUUGCUAUUGUCAAGUAUUUGAGUGACAAUGGUGCCCCGUUUACUGUGAACAUUUACCCCUUCAUAAGCCUCUACAUAGAUUCUAACUUCCCUGUUGAGUAUGCUUUCUUUGAUGGCAAUGCCUCGCCAAUUGUUGAUGGCAAGGCAACCUAUUACAACAUGUUUGAUGCAAAUUAUGACACUCUUGUCUGGGCCCUUCAAAAGAAUGGUUUUGGAAACUUACCAAUCAUAGUAGGAGAAGUUGGAUGGCCAACUGAUGGAGACCGUAAUGCUAAUCUAGUUUAUGCUCAGCGCUUCAACGCAGGCUUCAUGUCCCACAUAGCAGGUGGAAAAGGAACUCCCAUGAGAGCCGGGCCUAUUGAUGCCUACUUGUUUAGCUUGAUUGAUGAAGAUGCAAAAAGCAUUCAACCAGGGAAUUUCGAGCGCCAUUGGGGGAUAUUCUACUACGAUGGCUCGCCCAAAUACCAACUUAAUCUUGGUACUACAAAUACAGGAACAUUGGUUAAAGCUCAGGGCGUUGAGUAUUUGGAACAAAGGUGGUGUGUGAUGAGGCCGUCUGCCAAACUUGAUGACCCACAAAUUGCGCCAAGUAUGAGCUACGCUUGUGGACUAGGUGAUUGCACUAGCCUUGGCUAUGGGACUUCGUGUGGAAACUUGGAUGCUCGGGGGAAUAUUUCGUAUGCGUUUAACAGUUACUUCCAGAUAAAUAAUCAGCUUGACACUGCUUGCAAGUUUCCAAACCUUUCAAUGACCACGAAAACGAAUCCAUCAGUUGGGACUUGUAGAUUUCCGAUAAUGAUCAAGCCAUACUACGGCGGAGCAGGGAGUCUCCAAAAGCUACCGGGAAGCUUGGCUGCAGCACUUGUUCUGUUGUUGCUAACACUUGUGUGAAAUCUUCUUCAGAUCCAAUCCUCAUGUCAGGUGAGGUACCUACCAUUUUCCCUCUGUUGAGGAAAGUAAGACCAGUUGAUUUGAAAAUUGGCAUUGAAAUGUUGUCCACAUUUUGGGGGUUAAGCUCUAAGGAAUGCUUGAAUUUGUCUGGACUAUGCAUAAUGCAUAUUUGUCACUAGAAUGGGUACUCUUUUAUUCAACUAUUUUAAGAGGUUAGCCAUGUUAUUUUGAACUUUGAAGAGCAUUGGAAACAACCGUUCUCCUCAGGAUCAGAAAGAAUUUGCUAUAUUAACUCUAGUUUGGACAAUCGUAAUGGAUUUGUUUAUUCAAAAUUUGAAUUUCCACUGAAAUGGUAUAAUUUGUGCUCAACUUUUCAAAUGUAAAUAAAGUAAAAUUUAGGGAAAAAAAAACCCCUGCUAGGAUUAUGAUUAUUUA